AACGAAUCCAAAAGACAGCCGAGACAGAUCCUGAAUCUCGACGACAGAGCUGUCUGAAGAGAAGAGAAAGCUAAGUAAUCUAUCUAGCUCCAAAGAUCGGAGCUUGCAAAAUUCUGAAUCCUCUCCACAUCUAAACCACGUUAUUUCCAAUGGAACCUUCUCCACCAUCUCCUAUUACAUGGCCAGAUGGAGGAACUCUCACUAAUGAAUGGGUCCAUACCCUUAUGUCCUCUCUCGAAUGGUCUUCAUGGCAUCUCCAACCUUCUCAGUUACCUACAGUGAUGCCUGUCAACGUCUUUGACUCACUCAUCCUCACCGCUUCCAAAAUCCUCCACAAAGAACGUAACAUUGUCCAUGUCGAUGAUCUUGAGUCAGAUUCCAAAGUUGUUGUUGUUGGUGACGUUCAUGGUCAGCUUCAUGACCUUCUCUUCUUAUUGAAAGACGCUGGCUUUCCAUCUCAAAACCAGUUUUAUGUCUUCAACGGUGAUUAUGUUGAUCGUGGUGCUUGGGGGUUAGAGACUUUUCUUGUUCUCUUGUCCUGGAAGGUACUGAUGCCUGACAGAGUCUUCCUUCUCCGUGGCAACCAUGAAUCCAAAUACUGUACAUCAAUGUACGGUUUCGAGAAGGAAGUGCUUACAAAAUACGGUGACAAGGGAAAACAUGUGUACCGUAAAUGUUUAGGUUGCUUUGAAGCGCUUCCUUUGGCUUCCAUAAUUGCAGGACGUGUUUACACAGCACAUGGAGGACUUUUCCGUAGCCCGGUCUUGCCUAAGAGAACAAGGGGUAAAAAGAACCGUAAGGUGCGGCUUCUAGAGCCUGAAACUAGCUCGUUGAAACUGGGAAGUUUGGAAGAGUUGAUGCAAGCUAGAAGAUCAGUUCUUGAUCCUCCUUGGGAAGGUUCUAACUUGAUCCCUGGAGAUGUUUUGUGGUCUGAUCCUUCAAUGAGUCCUGGACUUUCGCCUAAUGAACAGAGAGGCAUUGGUCUUCUUUGGGGUCCUGAUUGUACAGAGGAGUUUUUGAAGAAGUAUGAACUUAAGUUAAUCAUAAGGUCACAUGAAGGUCCAGAUGCUAGAGAGAAGAGAGAUGGCCUAGGUGGAAUGGACUUAGGAUAUACAAUAGAUCACAAUGUUGAAUCUGGAAAGCUUAUCACUAUCUUCAGUGCUCCAGACUAUCCACAGUUCCAGGCAACGACAGAUAGGUAUAGAAACAAAGGAGCUUAUAUAAUAUUGCAGGCUCCUGACUUCUCUGAUCCUCAGUUUAAAAGUUUUGAAGCCGUUACUCCACGACCAAAGUCGAAUCCGUUUUAUGACUUUGAAAACGUGAUUGAUUCUGAUGAUGAGAUGGAUAAGUCUGCAUUGGACACCAACGAGGAACAACAAGCAAAUCACUGAUGCGGAUCUUGAAAAUAGCUAAAAAAGGCGAGAAUCUUGUAAUGAAGUUUUUACAGUCUUUUUUUUAUUAUGAUUGAUCAUCACUUUACAAAGAAAAAAUGGAAACAAGUGUAAAUCGAUUCUGAUUAAAGUUGAGACCGUUUGUUGAAUUUAAUAUUCUAUUAUGGAUUCAGUAUUUCAUGGCGCA